AUGAUCGAUUUAGAUUUCGUACAAGAAUCAAAUUUUAGUUAUUAUCGAAAACGACGAAGACUUAUCGGAUGUCAAUCAAAAUGUAUUAUAUUGAAAUAUGUAUUAAUUCUCUUGGCGAUCGCAUGUCUCGUUGUCAUUAGCUUAUUUGCCACUAAGAACUAUUCACGCAUCGUUUCUGUACUAAAAGUAGCAAGAACAUUCGUUUACUUCACUUGCCAACCAUACACUAUAUCUGACAAUCGUUCGUUUUUCGAACGUGAGUAUCCUCAAGCCAAUCUACCACAAGAGAUAUCAAAUUCGUCCUAUCAAGAUUCUCUUCGUCAACUUCGUUCACUUCGUUUAGUUGUUCUCUCUUGUGCACGUAACAUUGAAAAUCAUAUUGAAGCGUAUCGAAACUAUAUCGAGCCGAUCAUCGAUCUUUUCCAUCCAUCUUCUUCGAUUCAUAUUCUCGAAAGUGAUUCAACUGACAAAACCAUUGUAAAACUUCGCCAGUGGUCCCGAGUCCAUGUUUAUUUCUAUGGACGACUAUCAAGGUCAAUUUCUGAGCGUACGGAGCGUCUUGCCUAUUGUCGUAAUAUGCUGUUAGACAAAGCGCAUACCUUGUCAGCUGAUUAUAUUUUCAUGAUCGAUGUUGAUAUGUUUGCUAUGCAAGCUUCUUCAUUUCUGACGAAUUUUAAAUACCUUCACAAUGACUGGUCUGUCAUGAUUGCAACAACCAAGGGUCACUAUUAUGAUAUAUGGGCAUUACGUACUCUAUCCGAUUCAGUAAUGAAUUAUGAUAUUUGGCAUCGAAUAUGGAAUUUAAGCAAAUCACCAGAGUACUAUUGUUCUGAAUCGUUAGUUAAUCAAAUUAUCGGAGUUCAUACAAAGCAAAUUCCCAUCGAACGUGGUUUAAUCGAAGUUCGUUCAGGGUUUGGUGGUGCUGCUCUGUAUAAACUCAAUUCCACUCGUGGAUGUCGUUAUAAUGGUACAGGCCCUACUUGUGAACAUGUACCAUUUCAUUUAUGUAUACGAGAAAAGCAUCAAGGACGAAUAUUUAUUAACCCAGAAUUUCGAAUUAAAUAG